AUAAUCCAAAGGGUAUCAAGUAAUCCUUGACAGUGUAAGUAAAAUAUAAAUAAAUUACUAUUUUUUUCAAAAUGUAAUCUGAUCUGAUUAUAGUUACUUAUUUUUUGUAAUCCGAUUAAGUAAACGAGAUUACAUGUAAUCCGUUACUAGUACUACCCGACCUAGUGUGUGUGUGUGUGUGUGUGUGUGUGUGUGUGUGUGUGAGUGGGCGGGAACUUGUCCCGCCUCUUCCCUGACCACGUGCGUGAAGCCGCAGUGACGUCAGCUGUAGUAGGACGGAGGUGUCACUCGACGGAGGUGACGGGACGGGACCGGGACGGGACGCUCCAUCUGUUGCUCCAGUCAGGACUCGGGACUCCUCUUCCUCCUCUUCAUCGUCUUCAACUCGGCUGUGAUUUCAUCAACUGGAAACUGAUUUGUGGACUUGAGCCUUGAACCGGUCCCGACCCGUGUGACGUCGUGGACGAGGAGCUGGACCCGACGCUCCUCCGCAUCUCCAGGUUCCCGUGACUUGUUCCGAACGCGGUGAACGAUGCUCCUCUCUUCCUCCUCCUCCUCCUCCUCUUCCUCCUCCUCCUCCUCCUCUUCAUCCUCCUCCUCCUCCUCCUCCUCCUCGUCAGAAGUUCUCCGGGUGAGUUCGUGUGGACGUUGAACGAUGAUUUCCGAGGAGAGAAGCCGCGGACUCGUCCACAAACAGGCGCUGAGCUUCCCGGUGGGUUUGCUGCUCCGCUCCCCGAAGAGGAGACUCGCCAAGCUGGGGAGGAAACCCAGCAAUGGGUCCCUGCAGUCCGGCACCUCGGACAACACCGUGCGCUCCCCGGAGAGCGCGGGCGUCCGGCAGCCGGCCAAGAGCAAAAUCCGCCGCCACAACAACAGGCUGUCGUCCGUUUUCAACCACAGCCCCGACCUGCGCGACGGCGGGCGCCGCGGCGGCGGCGGCGGCCCCCAGGCCGCAGACGACCCGGCCGAGCUGUCCAGCCAGAUGUCCGUCCCCGGCAUCCUGAAGGUCUUCGGCUGCGACAUCUGUCAGGGCACCAACUACAAGAGCGUCCUGGCCACGACGCAGUCCAGCGCCAAGGAGCUGGUGAAGGAGGCCCUGGACCGGUACUGUCUGGAGAAGGAGGAGCCCGGCGACUACGUGCUCUGCGACGUGAUCGGCCAGACGGGCGCCGACAGCCUCUGGAGGAGGGAGUGUUUCCGGGUGGUCGGCGACGCCGAGAAGCCCCUGAUGCUGCAGUCGCUGUGGAAACCCAAGGAGGGCUUCGCCCGGCGCUUUGAGAUCCAGCUGAGGGCGAGCGUCCGGGAGCAGAGCCUGAAGGACAGAGACACGGUCACGGCAGGCAUCAACGCUCAGGCCCGGAAGCUGCAGAAGAGCCGCUCCCGAGUCACGUCGCUGUUUGUGGACGGCGGCGGCGGCGCCGACGACGACGUGGCGGACGCGCUCGGCCUCUGGCGGAGUCUGAGCGAGAUGGACGUGUCGGCGAUGGGGAAGGAGGCGGGCCGCGCCCGGCGGAGCGCGCUCGGGGAGGACGCCGAGGCCGAGGCCGACAAGGAGGUGCUGCGGCUGGGCAUGGUGGAGAAGGAGGAGACGGAGAGCAGCGACGACAACACCACGCAGUACUCCAUCCACCCGCCCUUCGACUUCCCCUACUUCCUCCUGCUGCAGGGCUACAGCCACCGACAGGAUUUCGUGAUCUACCUGAUGAGCGGGACGACCACCGUGCUGGGCUGCUGCAGGGAGCACUGCAACGGCGAGGACGAGGAGCGGCUGAAGGUGGACGUCCUCCUCUUCGCCCCCGACGUGUUGCCUCAGCACUGCUGCGUCCGGCGCCUGGACCCUCACCACCAGACCCCCACCACGCUGCUGAAGCCGCUCCACGGGGCCCCGGUCACCAGGAACGGUUUCCUCCUGAAGGAGGAGGAGGAACUGCACCCGGGCGACUUGGUGGGUUUGGGGAAACACUACCUGUUCAUGUUCAAGGAUCCCACCAGCACGUCGGGGUCCCGCCCGGCGCCCCCGUGGAUGAGCAGACUCUGCCCGAGCUCGGACACGAACGCGUCGCCCUCGUGCUUGUCGUGCGGCUCCGCCGCCGCCGCCGCCGCCGCGGAGACCUCCCGGGGGAGGCCUUCGCCGCCGCGCUGGCGGGACCUGGAGGGCGCGGAGGCCUCGCUCAGCUACGGGCCGGAGCAGGAGGAGCGGGUCCUGCGGCAGGUUUUGGAAGCGCCGGACCCCGGCGGGAACGAACCCAAGCUGACGCCCGCGUUCCUGCUGAGCCUCUGCAUCCAGCACUCGGCCGCCGCGUUCGAGCCGCCGCACCUGAGGCGGCUGCUGCUCCGCAUCGCCAGUCAGAUCCAGCUCGUCAUGUGGGAGAAGACCAAGGAACUCGCGGCGAUCCAGCCAGAAACGAGCUCCGGUGACGCGGAGCCCGACCGCCUCCCUCCGCUGCCCAGCGCCGAGGAGCUGAUCCCAGGUCUGCGGCCGCUGGUGCUGUGGAUGGCCAACUCCAUCGAGCUGCUGCACUUCAUCCAGCACGAGGUCCCCCAGCUGCUGCCCUGGAGGCGGGGCCAGGAGGCCGGAGGUCUGUGGGACGCGGAGAUGUCGUCCACUCGGACGGCCUGUGAGGAAGCCAUGACGGUCCUGGAAGAAGUCAUCAUGUUCGCCUUUCAGCAGUCCGUCUACUAUCUGACGAAGAGCAUGUACUCGGCGCUGCCCGCCCUGCUGGAGGGGAACCCGUUCUCGGAGAGCGGUCAGCUGCGCGCGCCCGACGGACUGGGCGGCGUCCUGGACGUGCUGAAGGAGGCGCUGAAGCUCCUCGCGGCUUUCCAGGUGCACCCGGACAUCUCGCUGCAGCUCUGCGCCUACCUGUUCUUCUUCAUCAACGCGUCGCUCUUCAACGCGCUCAUGGACCGAGGAUCUGUCGCUGGGUUCUACCAGUGGUCCCGGGGCGUCCAGAUUCGGGCCAACCUGGACCUGCUGAUGGACUGGAUCCAGAGCAUCGGACUGGGCGACCUGGCCACCGAGUACUUCCAGAAGCUUUCCGCCGCCGUCAAUCUGCUGGCCACACCCAAAGAAACCCUCCUGCAGGCGUCCUGGGCUUCUCUCAGGACGGAGUUCGCCGCGCUGAACCCGGCCCAGCUCCACCACUUGCUGAGGGAAUACAACUGUGGCAAAGUCUGUCCCACGGGAUGGACCCCGACACCGGGCGACGCCCAGGACGCCGUCAGGACAGGCGAGAUCCUGGAGAGCUUUGACAACCACCCGCCGCUCAUCCUGCCCAGCAGCACCUUCCACCUGGAGCUGGGCAAACCCGUGCUGGAGCCGGCUCUGUUCGAACAGCUCGGCCGCCUGCGGGAGUUCAUCGGUCGGCUGCCCUGCGGUGAAACCCGAGACGAGUCCGACGUGGAGGAACAGGCUCCAGACGGGACGACCGCAGACGGCCAGUCUACGGCCUCGCCCUCCGUCAGAGUCUUCCAGGAUCCUGCCCAUCAGGUGGUCUCCGACCCGGUUACCUGCCCCCUCCCUCGGGCGGACCUGGACUCUGCCGCCGCCGCUGCAGAGCCUGCGCAGGCCCGAGGGUCUCAUGGCGACCUGGGCAGCUGCGAGGCGGUCCUGACCCAGAAGCUGAAGAGCCUGGAGCUGCAGAACGCCCUGCCGGGACAGGCCGACACGGGCUACCACAAGAGCCUGGCGCUGGACCCGUCCUGCCUGCUCACGCCGCCCAACACCCCCCAGGGCAUGGAGCUGGCCGAGCUGGAGGCCGAUCUGCAGGAGGGCGCCCGCCAGCUGAAGAGAGAGAGGAAGAAAGAAAAGGAGGCAGAGGAAGAGGAGGACGAGCGAGAGGUUUUCACCGUGGAGCUUCAGCGAGGACCUCGCGGCCUCGGCCUGGCGCUCGUGGACGGAACUAAGACGCCGCUGAGAAUGAUGGGGGUUUACGUGAAGUCGGUGGUCCCCGACUCGCCUGCCGCCGAGUGUCACAAGCUGAGGACGGGCGACCGCAUCCUGGCCGUUAACGGCAUCAGCCUGGUCGGGAUGGAGUACAACACCGGCAGAGAACUGAUCCGAUCGUCGGGAGACUCGCUCAGACUCCUCGUCGCCAAGAUCGACCCCAAGACGAGCGGCGGCGGCGGCGGCGGCGGCAGCAAGGGCUCGACCAAAUGCUGAAGGAAGAAGAAACAACAAAACGCCGGCGGACGAUCAAGUGCAACUGGGAAUCCUGGAGGAACGUGAGGCUCGUCCUUCCUGCUGCAUCCAAAGUCAGUGUCUCUCACAGGACGGAUUCCUCCGACCAAAGGAAAACACACUUAAUACAGCUGUGUGUGUGUGUGUGUGCGUGCGUGCGUGCGUGCGUGUGUGUGUGUGUGUGCGCGUGUGUGUGUGCGUGCGUCGAGACAAUCAGCCAAAGCAGCACGACCGACCGACCCGUGCCGCCGACAGCAAACAGCCUGUGGGCGUUUCGCUGGCAGGCGCUCGGUGAAGACACGUUCUUCUUUAAAAAGUUGGGUUUUUUUCGCUGUCGCAGCUUCUCUGUGGCCCAUGAACAACCUGGGCUCAUAGACCGACGAGGAACAUAACGGCGUCUGUGGCGGGUUUUCUUCAGUCUGACAAACAUCUAUUUGCAAAAGACGGCGUCUGUCUGAUCGCUGCUGCAGCGUCGCUCAUGUCUGGGAGCGACUGGAUCUAAUUUAGACUUUGUAUUUUUUUUUCCCUCCAUUUUAUGGCUCUUUUUUUUUUUAAAUCUUACCCAGUCAUUGAGUCUGUCAGGCCUCAUUCAGGCCUCAGGAUCGAGACGUUUAACUGAGGACGAGUUCAUAAACCAGGAAAAGAGGAAAUCUUCUGCAACACGAGGGAAACACAGAAUUAUUACACAUCAGAAAACAUCUGUCAUGAAACGACAGACGACGAAUCUGCAACUUUUACAGUUUCAGUUUCAUCGCUCAGCAACGUCCCAGUGUUGGUUGGUUGGUUCGUUUUUUCUGGAAUAAGAAGAACGUUCCUCGUCGACCCGAUCGGCACCAAACGGCAGACGAACACAGUCCGAGAGAAGAAUUUAGCAGCUCAAGAGCCUCAGAUGAGAUAAGAUGAGGAAGUCCUUCUUAUUCGUCCCACAACGGUGGAAAUUUGGGAGGAGGAGGAGGAGGAGACCAAACACGGAGAUAAAACAGAGUCGGCGUUGGACUCAUAUUCAUCAGUGGGACAAUGUCACUGCUGGAUGUGUGAAUAAAUGUGUCAGUGUCGUUUCAGCUGAAAACAACUGGACAAUAAUAACUCCUACAAUAUAUUUUCAUAGAGAUAAAUCAACAUGAGCCGGACUCUAUGAAGUACGUCUUCAUAGAAGGAGACGAUAACUUUUAAACUUCCUCUGGUCACGCACACUCUUCCCUUGAAGCCUUUCUGUCAGUCGUCUGGGCCCAAAUCAUAAAACACGUGGGACUCGCUGAUGUUAAAAAUCAGCUGACAAGACUCUUUUGAUUUUUCUUUCUUUUUAAGUUGUUAAACGACAAACUUCUGUGUUUUUGUCCCGAACGUUAAACAGUGUUAAAGUGACGUUCACACACACACACACACAAAAAGAAUUAUUAUUUUCUUGUUGGUUUUUUUAAAUAUUUAUGUUUCGCAGUAUUUCUGAAUAAAUAACUAUUUUCACUUUGGA